CACUGGGGCUGCUCCAUCCUCCAGCCCCAUCUUCCACCUCCAUCCUCCAUCUCCCUCCUCCAUCCACAUCCUCCAUCUCCCUCCUCCAUCCACAUCCUCCAUCUCCAUCCUCCAUCUCCAUCCUCCAUCUCCCUCCUCCAUCCACAUCCUCCAUCUCCAUCCUCCAUCUCCAUCCUCCAUCUCCAUCCUCCAUCCACAUCCUCCAUCUCCCUCCUCCAUCCACAUCCUCCAUCUCCAUCCUCCAUCUCCAUCCUCCAGCCCCAUCCUCCAUCUCCAUCCUCCAUCUCCAUCCUCCAUCUCCAUCCUCCAUCCACAUCCUCCAUCUCCAUCCUCCAUCUCCAUCCUCCAUCCACAUCCUCCAUCUCCCUCCUCCAUCUCCCUCCUCCAUCCACAUCCUCCAGCUCCAUCCUCCAGCUCCAUCCUCCAUCUCCAUCCUCCAUCUCCAUCCUCCAGCUCCAUCCUCCAGCCCCAUCCUCCAGCCCCAGCUGCCCCGUCCAGCCGGGCAGGGCCCUCUGCUCCAGCACCCACCCUCUGCCUUUACAGCUUGGUUUUCUUUCUCGUGGUCCUGCUCUGAUUUGAUCAGGAAUCAAUUUUUCCCCGAGUCAGGUCUGCUUUGCCCAUGUCGGAAAUGGCAGAGUGACCUCACCCAGGAGCCUUUGGUUUUCGAGUGCAGCUCCCUUCAACACCCCUGAGCUGCUUCAGUUGUGAGAGUGACUGGAGAGAUAAGCUGGGGUGAUAAGUGGCAGCUUUGCUGCCAACUGCUGUUGACAUUUCUGCGCUUCUAAAACAGCUUGAAAGAGGAACCUGUAGAACUAUUUCUUUAUAAGUUGCUGGUAAGAAGAACUCUGGAAGCUUUCCCACGUUUUCCCUUCGAAACAGCUUCCCGAGGCACUUUGCUGACUCGAGGCUGCUGAAGGGAUGCAGUGAGCUUCAGGAUGGGUCUCCAGGGAAGGGAACGGCUCCUGGAUGCUGACAUGUCAGUGCUGAGGACACGAGAUGGAACACAGGUUUGGAUGUUGGAGAAUCUCUGAAAGAAUCGAGCAGCACAUGUUGAAGGUCCCACACGUGGCCAUCGAUUUCCUUCCGCAGCUGCAGCCCGGGCAGGAGUAGCUGCAGCAGCUCAAGAUGCCAAACAGCAGCCUGCCCCUGAGCAGCCUGGAUGGGUUCUACAUCGGCACCGAGUGCCUGGUGGCUUUGUUCGCCACGCUGGGCAACAUCCUGGUGAUGUGGGUGGUGAGGCUGAACGCGGCGUUCCAGAACACCACGUUCUAUUUCAUCGCGUCCCUGGCGCUGGCCGACAUCGCCGUGGGGCUCCUGGUCGUGCCCCUGGCCAUCGUGGUGAGCCUGGGCAUCGCCAUGCCCGCCUACGGCUGCCUCUUCUUGUGCUGCCUGAUGCUGGUGUUCACCAACGCCUCCAUCCUGUCCCUCCUGGCCAUCGCCAUCGACAGGUACCUGCGAGUCAAGCUGCCCACCAGAUAUAAAAUAAUCACGACAGAGAGGAGAGUUUGGCGGGCCCUGGGGCUGUGCUGGGGCCUGUCCCUGCUGGGAGGGCUCGUCCCCAUGUUUGGCUGGAACAAGGCAGACUCCAGGAGCUCCAGCUUCUUCAGGUGCCGCUUCAUCCACGUGAUAAGGAUGGAUUACAUGGUGUAUUUCUGCUUCUUCGCCUGGACCCUCGUGCCCCUGCUCGUCAUGUGUGCUCUGUAUGCCGAGAUCUUCUACAUCCUCCGCACGAAGCUCAGCCAAAGGAGCACUGUGAGAGGGGAUGGGGCUUUCUAUGGCCAGGAGUACAAGACAGCCAAGUCUCUUGCAUUUGUUCUCUUCCUGUUUGCAAUCUCCUGGCUGCCUCUGUGCAUCAUAAACUGCGUCUUCUAUUUUAACCCCGAGUCUCAGAUCCCCCCGCUUUGGAUUUACUUCGCAAUCCUCUUAUCCCAUGCCAAUUCUGCCAUGAACCCCAUUGUCUAUGCUUACAAGAUAAAGAAGUUCAAAACCACGUACCUUCUAAUUUUAAGGACCUAUAUCCUUUGCAAAAAACCGGACCCAGCUCCUACAGAGCUAACAACAGACCCACAGUCAUAAAUGAAGGCUGAACCUGCCUGUGGGCACCGGACCAUUGAUACACCUCAUGGCUUUGCUACGAAACUCUUGGGAGCUGUGGAUCUGGAGCUGCUCUAAAGCUGUAUGUGAAUAUAUGUCUUUAUGUAAUACAAUUUCUAAACACAGAAGAUGGAAAUCUUGUCUAGUUGGGGGUUUUGUGGUUUUUUAACACGAGGGUUGGUUGAGUUGAUUGGGGAACAGGAUGUCUUCUCUGCUGUUCAUAAGCCAGCAGCUCACAAGCUCGCUGUGCUCACACCAUUUGUCUUGUCUGUCCGUUCCGACUAAACCUGAGCCUGGUCAGCUUGUGCUUCAGCCAGCGUUGUCACAUUUUCAUGAGUAAUAAUAAAUAGUAGAUGGAUUUUACAUUAAUUUGGCCUGCUGAGUCCUGCCAUGACAAUCAAAAAACCCUGCCCAUUUUCAGUCAAUGUCCUGCCUGGGAUGGCACAGGAGUUGCAGUAAUUGUUACACCACAGCUGACACAGCCUUUAUUUAGGGAACACAGGGAAAACUGAGAAGAGGUUGUUAAAGGUCAGGCUCUUCU